ACGCAGCCUUCACAGUGCCAGCCCUCUCCCUCCAUGUAAGAUCAGCUGUAGUCAGUUCACCACAGUGGGCAGAUCUGAUGUGAGAGGGGAAAGGAAGGAGGCAGGGCUGAAGCCAGGAACUUACAGCUUCUGUUCCUUUGCAGGUCGUCCUUUCUGACAGCUGAGCUCUCCAACCCACGCUCCACCGCCUCUCGCUUUGCUUUUUGGGAACUAUUCGGCCAUUUUUACCCAUCAGGAUCCUUACUUUCUGUAUUCAACCCCUUUUUUAUUAGCCCCAUUUUAGUUCUUGCAUCAAGUGUUUUUGCUUUUCUUUCCGGGGCUGGCCUUCGGACUCGAUCGAAACCAGGCCAUUCCAGGUUUAUACAACUGAAAUUAGUGGUGAAGUUACUGGUCUGUCACGUUCACAGAGGUGAUGGCCUUCCUUGGGAGUGCAGCCCGUCGCCUGGUAUCAGUGCGGUCUACUUUGAUCCCGCUGUGCCGGACAAGCUCUCGGUCCUACAGCAUGACUGAAAAGAGCGUCCCCUAUGAGAAGACACUCAAACAGGAGGAAAGAUCCUUCUCUGGACCCACUAAGCCUUUACCAAGGUCAGCUGAUGUGGUGGUGAUCGGAGGAGGCAGUAUUGGCUGUCAGACCGUCUACCACCUGGCCAAAAUGGGGAUGACCGACGUAGUUCUGCUGGAGAGAGACAGACUGACUGCUGGCACUACCUGGCAUACUGCCGGCCUGCUGUGGCAGCUACGUCCUAGUGACGUGGAGGUGGAGCUCCUGGCCCACACCAGGAACGUAAUCAGCAAAGAUCUGGAAGAAGAGACGGGUCUCCACACUGGCUGGAUCCAGAAUGGAGGACUCUUCAUUGCCUCAAACAAGCAAAGACUGGAUGAAUACAAGCGCCUCAUGUCGCUAGGUAAAGUUUAUGGAAUCGAAUCCUAUGUGCUGUCACCUGCGGAGACUAAGGACCUUUAUCCACUGAUGAAUAUUGAUGAUCUAUAUGGAACGUUGUAUGUUCCCAAAGAUGGCACCAUGGACCCUGCAGGCACCUGUACCACCCUGAGCAGAGCUGCUUCAGCCAGAGGAGCCACGGUGAUCGAGAACUGUCCUGUGACCAGUAUCCAAGUGCGAACAGACGACCUUGGGGUCAAGAAGGUUAAGGCGGUAGAGACCCCUCAUGGGACCGUUGAGACACCUUGCGUGGUGAACUGUGCAGGUGUGUGGGCCACCAAGCUUGGUGAAAUGGCUGGAGUUAAUGUUCCUCUUAUUGCAAUGCAUCACGCCUAUGUGGUGACAGAGAGGAUAGAGGGCAUACAGAACAUGCCAAAUGUCAGGGACCAUGAUGCGUCGGUGUACCUGCGUCUCCAAGGUGACGCUCUGUCUGUGGGUGGUUAUGAACAAAAUCCCAUCUUCUGGGAGGAGGUUUCUGAUAAGUUCGCCUUCAGCCUGUUUGACCUGGACUGGGACGUAUUUAUGCAACAUAUCGAGGGAGCUAUAAAUAGAGUUCCUGUUCUGGAGCAGAUUGGCAUCAAGUCCACUGUCUGUGGACCAGAAUCUUUUACUGCUGACCAUAAGCCGCUGAUGGGGGAAGCACCAGAAGUUCGAGGUUUCUUCCUUGGCUGUGGGUUCAACAGUGCUGGUAUGAUGCUGGGAGGUGGUUGUGGCAGAGAGCUUGCAAAGUGGAUCAUACAUGGGCGCCCAGAAAAGGACAUGUAUGGAUACGACAUCAGGCGUUUUCACAGUUCGUUGACAGACAACGCUCGCUGGAUCCGAGAGAGGAGCCAUGAGUCAUAUGCAAAAAACUACUCUGUUGUGUUUCCCUUCGAUGAGCCACUGGCCAGCCGUAACAUGAGGAAGGACCCUUUCCACGAGGUGCUGACAGAGCAAGGUUGUGUGUUUCAAGAGCGACAUGGUUGGGAGAGGCCUGGCUGGUUCAACAAAGACAGGCCUGCUCCUGUUAAAGGCUAUGAUUACUAUGGAGCAUACAACAUGAGAAAUAAUGAGAACUACAAAUACAGAGAACUUCUGAGCAAAGAGUACACCUUUGACUUCCCUCCGCAUCACGAUGUGAUUAAGAGUGAGUGUCUCUCAUGUCGACAUGACGUGGCUGUGUUUAACAUGUCCUACUUUGGAAAGUUCUAUCUCACCGGACCAGAUGCAAAGAAAGCAGCUGAUUGGCUCUUCUCGGCUGAUGUCAACAAGAAGCCAGGUUCCACUGUGUAUUCUUGUAUGUUGAAUAAAAGAGGAGGGGCGGAGGCUGACCUGACAGUGAGCAGACUGGAUCAGGGUCCUGCCAAGCUGCCACUGGCACCAGAGUCCGAUGGUGAUGCAUACUACCUCGCCAUUGGAGGUGGUGUCGCAGAACACAAUUGGAACCACAUUAAAACAAUUAUUCAGGACCAAGGCUUCCGAUGCCAGUUGACGGACCACUCUGAAGACAUGGGGAUGAUCAGCAUCCAGGGACCUAAGAGCCGAGCAGUAUUACAAGAAGUUUUGGACACAGACCUGAGCAAUGAAGCCUUUCCAUUCUCUACCCAUAAACUUGUGAACGCAGCAGGACAUCAGGUGCGAGCGAUGCGUCUGUCAUUUGUUGGAGAGCUCGGCUGGGAGCUCCACAUUCCCAAAGUCUCCUGUGUUCCUGUCUACCGAGCUGUCAUGGCUGCUGGUACAAAGCAUGGCAUCAUCAAUUCAGGCUACAGAGCAAUUGACUCUCUUAGCAUAGAGAAGGGUUACAGACACUGGCACGCUGACCUUAGGCCUGAUGACACGCCUUUGGAGGCAGGGCUUGCCUUCACCUGCAAGAUGAAGAGACCCAUCCCGUUUCAGGGCCGGGAAAGGCUGGAGAAACAGAAGGAAGAGGGGCUAAGGAGGCGCAUCGUCUGCUUUACCAUCGAUGAGAAAGUACCAAUGUUCGGUCUGGAGGCCAUAUUCCGCAACGGCGUCCCCGUGGGUCACCUACGGCGAGCCGACUAUGGCUUUUUCAUUGACAAAACUCUUGGUUAUGGAUACAUCCGCAACCCUGAUGGAGGAGUGGUGAGUGCCGAUUUCAUUAAAUCUGGCAAGUUCCUGCUCGAAAGGAUGGGAGUGACAUACAAGGCCAAGGCCCACCUCAAAUCUCCAUUCGACCCUGAAAAUAAACGUGUCAAAGGAAUCUACGAGUGACCGCAAAUGUGAAAGUUAAAACACUUGGUGUGUACAUUUGCAUGCAUCAUUUUAAAGAACCCCUUUUAAUUUUGAAAGUCUUACGUUUUCUGGCGGCUCACUUUGCAUUGAACUGUUUAGCAGAACUCAUGAUCAGAAUCAUGGAUGUUUGUCUGUGUCUUAAAGUUUUAUGUGAAGCACCGACAGUGGUUGUCCUUAACCAAUGAAGUCUUAAAAGGGCUCAGAAAAGAAAUUGUGUGUGAUUUUACUCCAAGUAAAUCCAAUGCUACUUUUUCCCAAGUAAUGGGAGUUUGUUAUAAUCUGGUUUUUGAAUUAACAGCAAAGCUGUUUCUGCACAUUUUAUGAUUCAUCUUCAUCGUCUGUAUUAUCACCUGCAACUGGAAUCAAAGCUUCAUUCUGGAGACUAAAAUAUUCUUAAAAUCAAGCAAGCGGACUGUGGGCGACCCCCUGCUUCUUGCUUCAAAGUUUCUGUGCCUCAUGCGCUUCAUCACCAUCUAAUGGUGUAACAAAUGAGCAAGGUAGAGAUUUACCCAAGAAAAUGACCAUGUUAUAGAGGCAUUAGAUUUUUGAUAUCACCCUGCACCUUUGGGGUAGAACUUUGUAAAUGGAGAAUAAUAUUUUUUAGGUUUUCUUCUGAUAAUGUUAGAAAUAAUUUUAUUUUCAAAACAAAAACAAUCACAACCACCUAAGGAAUGUGAAUAAUUAGCAGAUUUUAAUGAUACACAGAAGAAUCAAGCCAGCUGUGGUUGCCUUAUGUGUGCUGUAUUAUUUUGGGAUGUAUGGUGUCAGCAAGGUUUAUGAAACUAAAUGUUAUAAUCUGGAUUUAAUUCAGUUUCAAAGUGUAAGAGAGUCUAAAACGAAUGUUUGACGCUGCAUAGCAUCAGGUUUGAGCUCAGGGAAAUAAGAUUCCGGGGAUAAAUGUUCAGGGUAGCAGGAUAAAAACAAACCUUCAGCGACAACUUGGCAGGAAAAGUUUUACAAUAUUCCAGUGGAUUUUAAAAAAUGCUAAAAAAUACAAAAAGGGAGCGUUCAUCAAAAUACUGAUGUUAAAGGUAGAUCCCUGUGAUUUUCUUACCCAUCUGUUGCCGUUCACUACAGUGACUCUAAUCAUUUCUUUGCAUUUUAGCACAUUUAAGGCUUGAUUGUUAGAUUUGUAAAAUUAGAUCUAUCAUUUUGAUUACCUCAUAAUUAAGACAAUUUCUGCCAGAGAAGAAUCUGCGGAAGGACGCAAAGCUACCUCAGCCACACCAAUAAUAUCAAGUAACCGAGUAUUGUGUAAUAGAAGUAGUCAUGCUAUUCAUGGAAUAGAUUCUUACGUUUUUUUUUUCUGUGUUAAAAUUGACUUAAAUGAUAAUAAAUUUAGUAACUGGGCGUUUCAAAAACUUGGUUCUUGGGUUAGGCUAUUUGUUGUUGGGUUUUUAGUUGGACAGAUUUCCAACAUUGUUUACACUGCAGCCCCCUCAACGAUUAUUGGGACGCCUGGUAAAAAUGUCUUCUAAAACCUAAAAGAAAUAGCUGUCAUACGGACAAAGACACCACUUGCUUCAGUUCUCUAAAAAGAAAUGUUGAAGAUGGAGGCGUCUCCCUGUGCCUAAAAAAAGUCUCUGCCUCUAUUGUGCCAAGACAAACUUGCUUUGUCACAGAUCCAGAUGUUUUAAGGUUUGAUUACUGCUUGGACUGUAAAUAUGGGCAAAAAAAGGCUAGCUUCUAUUUUUGUAGCCAUUUUCUGACAAAUGGAGGUAGACACACAUCUGUCUUACUUGAAAGGCUUGUUCUUUUGUCUUUCCUAUUUUGAAGUUUAACUAAUAGACCAUUAUAAACAUUUUUUUUUGUUUUUUUGUCACAUCAUACCAUACUUGUCAGGUAGCCAGAAGUCAUUAUUCAAAGUUCCUUGGACCUCUGAUCAGUUUACGACAGAAAACAUACAUUUAGAUAAAUGCGUCAGUUACAUGUAUCUUUAGGAAUAGCUCAGGUUGCCAAUAAAUGUAGAAUGAGCUGAUACUUGGGAACAUAAGGUGACCUGUCGUCAUAGAACAGGGUUAUAAGUGGGUUUGCAUCACCCUAGCUUGUUUCACUGAUGUUUGCUGCUGUGCGUUGAGUGUUUACUAAAGUGAAAUAAUUCAUUGACUCUGUCCAGAGCGCCGUUAAUCUUUAAAAGGAUAGUUCUCAAUAGCAAUCUGUGAUAAUAACAUUAUAUUUACAGUUAAAAAAACACUACUUUAAACAUAGUUUGUAAAAUGUCUGUGAUUUGUGUUAUUUUUUAUUGUGUGAAUAUUAAAACAGAACUGGUUAGACUAACUGACAUUUUAGGAACAUUGGUUUUCAUAGUGGGGAACGAAGAAUAAGUUGUUUCUGAUUUGAAUUAAGUGUUACAUGCAAAGAAAAAUAAUUGGAUGAACUUAUUCAUAUUGAUCUAGACUUAUUACUUAUGUCAAAGACAAUUCAUUUAUUAAUAAAAUGUUAUUUUAACUACAA